AUGCUUGCUGCUUUGGUUUACAGCAUGCCGAACCUGAAUUGGAUGGAUCCGAAGGACCACACAGAAUUGUUCUCCGGCUGUGGCUCGGUCACCCGCGGCGAACUUCAGGAAGGCAGAUCUGUCUUUGCGUACGACAUCGAGUACAACAGGGAGUUCAUGGACAUCAUGUCACCUCAGGGGUAUGCCCUUGCCAUUUUUGCAGUUCUCAACACCAAGAGGGCAGGAGGCCUCACUCUGGCACCAGUCUGUUCGACUUGGGUGUUCAUGAGUAGAGGAAGCACCCUGCGCAGCAGAGCCAGACCACUUGGAUCUGGCAAAGGUUCCUGCAGAACCGGAUCCAUCAUGGCCGCACGCUGCGCCAUCUUGAUUCUUUUGGCGGCAGCACGGGGGGUUGUUCUGGGUGUUGGAGCAACCCAAAGGGUCCUUGUUCCAAUAUCACCCCCUCAUCCAGCAUGUUUUGAGCCUCAUCAAGGUUUCCAGGAAACAUAUUCGGAUGGGAGACUAUGGUGCGCCUUCGCAGAAACCAACUUGGCUGUAUACAGGACCGAUGAGUGGCCCAAUCCCAACAGGCUUAGUUUGGGGGAACCAAAAACAUUCUGGGUUUGUUCUUUGGAAGUCUUUCGACUUGAGAGUUUCAAAUCAUCGCAUCUGUGGAGGGCGUGUUCUUGGUUGUGCUGGUUUGCAAAAAUAUUGAUAUUGGUAUCCACGAAAAGGGUUUCUGGUGGAAGCGUUUUGGAAUUGAGGCACGAGUCUGACUCAGGUUGGCCUAACACGCCAAUGGGUCCACACAGGGUUGUUUCAACUUUGUUUGAUUUGCGCGUCACCAACAAAAUCGGCAGGACAUGGUGA